GAGAGCAGGCGCCCUUGACCAGGGACUGGCAUGAAGCCCCAGAAUCAAAGGAGGCUGAGGACUCGGAUCACAAAAGUGGAGGGAAGCCGCUGAAUGAAGCACACGGGACAGGAAGCUGGGCCUGCAGCAGGGGAGCCGUCAUUAACACGGGCCACCGUCCAGCGCCGUGAGUCAGAGUGAAUCGGGCUGGUGUGAAUCUCAAUCCACAAACUCUGGUGCGGGGGAGAAAGGUGAGCCUCAAAGCAGGAGCCGCGCAUCAGCCUCUCCUCUGACAACUGUCAGCCUCUGCUGCCACCUGCCCAGGCCCGUCACUGCACCUCUCAGCAGGGGCAGAGAAUGAAAGAAGGCAUGUCGAGUAACAGCACCACUAGCAUCUCCCAAGCGCGGAAGGCCGUCGAGCAGCUUAAGAUGGAAGCCUGUAUGGACAGGGUGAAGGUCUCCCAGGCAGCUGCCGACCUCCUGGCCUACUGCGAAGCCCACGUACGCGAAGACCCUCUCAUCAUACCAGUGCCUGCGUCAGAAAACCCCUUCCGAGAGAAGAAGUUCUUUUGUACCAUUCUCUGACUCCGUUCGUUAUGAAGCGUCUCCUUGUGCAUCAGGAAACUCCCCGGUAGAGCCCGCAUGUUCUUAGCGUUGGGGGUUCCAGUCACCCCCGUCCCCGGCCUCUCUUCAUCGGUUUUCUUCUCUGCGUUCAAUGUCACUACUUCUUGCCCUUCUCGUGUUAUUUGCGUCAUCGGCAAAGAAAAGCGACGUUUUUGUAACAAAUAACAAAUAAGUAUGGGUUUAA